GGCCCCCGCGGCGACUCCGGAGGCGACCUGGGCCCCGCGCACCGCGGCCUGCGAGCGCCCGGAAGGGCCCGGCCUGCGCGCCCCCGGGGGUCGGGGGCUGGGGGCGGGAGCGCGGCGGGAGGGGCUUCGAGCGGGUCUGCUCUUGGUUUCCGUUUUCCUCCUUUCCCCGGGCUCAUCCCCAGACCGGAAGGUGCCGGGGCCGAGCGGCGCCCAGGCCCACCCGCCCUGAGCCUCCGGAGUUGGGCCACGAGGGCGCCCGCUGCUCCUGGACCCCGCCCAUCAGAGCGGCCCGGGGUGCGCCUGUCUGGACGUAUCUCCCCCAGAUCCUCGACUCAGUGACGCAGAGCCUUUCAGGGUUGGCUGCCAGCCAAAGCCCAGCCUCCCGAUGCAGUCUGAAUCCAGCCAGUGUGAAGAGGAGCCCCCUUCCCUCCUGUGGGGUUUGGAUCCGGUAUUCUUAGCCUUUGCAAAACUCUACAUCAGGGAUAUCCUGAACUUGAAGGAGUCCCGCCAGGUACAAGGUGUAUUUUUUUACAAUGGGCAUCCAAUAAAGCAGGUAGAGAUCUUGGGAACUGUAAUUGGAAGGAGAGAAAAAGAUGCUUUCUACAGUUAUGGAGUGGAUGACAGCACUGGAGUUAUAAAUUGCAUCUGCUGGAAAAAGUCGAACAAUAUCGAGUCUUCAUCAGUAACUACAGCUGCUUCAACUGCAGGGGUGCUGAGCUUAACCUCACAGCUUAAGAAGCUGCAAGAGACCAUUGAGCAGAAGACAAAGAUAGAAAUUGGGGACAUUAUCCAAAUCAGAGGUUAUGUCCAUACAUAUAGAGAAGAACGAGAGAUUCGUGUCACUACUUUCUAUAAAGUGGAUGAUCCAGUGUGCAACAUUCAAAUUGCAAGGAUGCUUGAGCUGCCCAGUAUCUACAGGAAAGUUUAUGACCAGCCUUUCCGUAUCCCAGCCCUAGAGCAAGAAAGCAGCGAUCCAGGCGCCCUGGACCUUGCCAAUCUCACGUGUUUGCUGAGUGAAAGAGCCAAAGAAUUCCUCAUGGAGAACAAAGUGCAAACCUUUUACCAGCAGGAAUUGGAAAUUGUGGAAUCUCUGCUAUCCCUUGCCAAUCAGCCUGUGAUUCACGGCACCUCCUCUGAGCAGAAUUCUAAGAAUGACACCACUUCCAAGGCAAUUCAUAGUAUAUUUAAGAAUGCAAUACAGCUGCUGCAGGAAAAAGGAUUUGUUUUCCAGAAAGAUCAUGGUUUUGAUAAGCUAUAUUAUGUAACCAGAGAAGACAAAGAACUACAUAGAAAGAUCCACCAUAUCAUUCAAGAAGACUGCCAAAAACCAAAUCCAGACACCGAGAAGGGCUGCCACUUCCAGCACAUCUUGGCCUGUGCUCGCCUGAGCAUCAGCCCGGGCCUGAGUGAAGGUGUGCUGCAGCAGGUGCUGGAGCUCCUGGAGGACCAGAGUGACAUCGUCAGCACAACAGAGCACUACUACACGGCGUUCUGAGGAGAGGCCUUCUGAGGAGAGACCAGUGGACGGCGUGGGCGGGGCCAGGCCAGGGAAGAGGAAGAGGAAGACGGGUGGUGGUCACUCCUGGGCUCUGAUUUUAAACAUCACCCUGAGUCCUAUAGGUCUGGUGGCGAUUGUCUCAUAAUAAACUGUGAAAUAUUAUUUAAGGAAUGGAAUUUGGCAUAAAUUCUGUAGGCUGCCCUCUAGCUGCCAUAUCCUUGGGAUAAAAUAACUUUUAUUUCGGCCAUGACAUAGAAGAAAACCCUCCCUGUUGACCUCCAUACUGGACCAGACAUUUACCCUUGGAGCAGAAGGGAAGAAAGUAUAAGUGGCUGAAUUGGUGUGUGUGUGGCUUAGGGUUCUGUCAUAGUAAAGGGAUGUCACAUGGUAAAAUGAACUGAAAAGCAUAUAGCCAGAUCACACAGACCUAAAACAUUUUAAAACUUCAGACUGGCAGGUGGUACAUUCUUGUAGGCCUCUCUCAGUGGUUAAGAACUUAGUGUAGGGAACUCAUUCUUGGAUGAAUAUCACUCAUCUGUGAUUUCCAAGGGUCAAGUACCAGUGGUGGAUUCUGAAUCCUGGGAUGGAUGUUGUUUACAGACCCACCCGGAGAUGGGAAUAAAUGGAUCCAAGGCA